AUGACGAGAUAUCUACUCAAAGGAGGAACCGUCGCGACCUCGGUCCAAGGGAGCAACGAGGCCCGUGUGUUUAGGGCAGAUGUACUCAUCGAGGGCGAUACCAUCGCGCGCAUCGAGGAGAACAUCGUGCCUGCAGCUGGGGUGGAGGUCAUCGACUGCAAGGACAAGUGGAUUACUCCAGGUUUCGUCGAUACUCACCGACACGUGUUCAUGACCAUCCUGCGCGGCACACAAUGCGACUGGUUGCUGACUGAAUACAUCGUCAAAAUGUCAUGGCCCAAUUCUCUCGCUAGGUCUAUUCAGGGGACCAUGACCCCCGAAGAGGUCGCAAUUGGAACGCUCGCAGGACUGCUCGAAGCACUCCACAACGGCGUCACAACGAUCCUGGACCACUACCAUGCCGCGCACACUCCGGAGCACGCAGAGGCCGCACUCAAGGCCACCAUCGACUCCGGGGCUCGCGUCGUAUGGGCCCCAGCUCGCCAGAGUCCGCCCACGCGCCUGCUCCCAUUCCCGGAGUGGUCCAACGACGCUCAGUCGAUUGAAUGGCAGCGGGCGAAGAUCAAGGAGUGGGGCUCUGCGGACGGAGGCAAGCUGCGCCCCGACGGACGCGUCACGCUCGGGCUCGCGUACGACAUCUGGAACUGGGAGAGCGCGAUGGCCCAGCACCAGGAGUUCCUGGCAUACGCGCGGGCGAACAACGUGAAGACGAUCACGGCGCACGUCGUGAAGGGCCCGCAGAUUCUGAGGUGGCGCGACGCUGGGCUGCUCGGGCCCGACGUUGUGUUCUCGCAUUGCAACGCCCUCACGGAUUGUCCCGCCUUGGAUGAUGAGCGGUGGAAGGCUCUCAAGGAUAGCGGCGCAGCUAUUGGGUCUACCCCUGAGGAUGAGCUGGGGAUGGCGCACGGCAAUCCCGUCGCUCUUGACGCGCUUCAAAGAGGCGUGAAGUGCGGGCUCGGGGUGGACUGUCUCUCGAUCAACAGCGGUGACAUAUUAACGCAGAUGCGCUUCGCGCUCCAAUGGGCCCGCGGUCACGACCACGAGCGCAUCCAUCUGAACAAGGAGACGCUCCCAUUCAAGAACAAGUAUAGCAGCGCCGACGCUUUCCGGCUUGGAACACUCGGCGGGGCGGAAGCGUUGAACCUGGCUCACCUGAUCGGGACCGUCGAGGCUGGCAAGCGGGCGGACCUCCUCAUCUUCGACGCAAACUCAGUAAACUUGGGAGGUGUCGAGGAUCCGAUCCAGGGAGUGGUCUUCCACGCUUCAAGCGAAGAUAUUGAGACAGUGUUUGUGGAUGGAGAGAUAGUGAAAAAGGAUCGCAAACUGAUCAGGGAUUGGGCUCCCGUCGUCAAGGAGCUCAAGCAGAGAGGGGAAGACAUUCGAAAGCGGUGGCCGGCGGAGGUCCUGGAGGAACGGUGGAAGCAGUGGUAUGACACGAAUGGGGCUCCGCGCUUCUGA